AUGGCUACCGGCGAGGAGGCGGCGGCGGCAGCGGCGGUCGAGGAGACGCCGGAGAAGAAGGAGCCCAGCACAACCGAGCUCCCCGCACCCUCAGGCUGGACGAAGAAGCUUGCCCCAACUCGAGGUGGACGAUUUGAGGUUAUUUUUGUUUCCCCAACUGGUGAGGAAAUUAAGAGCAAGAGACAGCUGACCCAGUACCUGAAAGCUCAUCCUGGAGGCCCUGCAUCUUCAGAGUUUGAUUGGGGAACCAGUGAUACUCCCAGACGCUCAGCACGCUUAAGCGAGAAGGUCAAGGCAACUGAGAGCCCAGAGGGUGAGAAGACCCCUAAACGGGGAAGAUCAAGCUCUAAGAAGGGCAAAAAGGAGGAAAAAGAAGAUGCAAAUGAGGUUGGAGAAGAUGGUGCUUCGGAGGAAGGUAAAGGUACCGAUGUGGAGAUGAAAGAUGCUGAAAAUGCUGAAGACGAGAAGAAACAGGCCCCAGGUGCAGAUGCUGCAGAGAAGACCGAGGAAGGUGAAGAUAAGAAAGAGGAGGCCCCUGCUGUAGAUGCAGCAGAGAAGACCGAGGAAGGUGAAGAUAAGAAAGAGGAGGCCCCUGCUGUAGAUGCAGCAGAGAAGACCGAGGAAGGUGAAGAUAAGAAAGAGGAGGCCCCUGCUGUAGAUGCAGCAGAGAAGACUGAGGAAGGUGAAGAUAAGAAAGAGGAGGCCCCUGCUGUAGAUGCAGCAGAGAAGACUGAUGAGAAAGAGGUGGCCCCUGCUGUAGAUGCAGCUGAGAAGACUGAACAAAGCACCGAAGGCCAAGCACAGCCUAAUAAUGUUGCUGCCCCAGAAUCUGAGAAUAAAGGAGACAGAAAGCCAGCUGAGUCCGAAUCAGCUCCCCCUGCAAUUGUUGAUGAGGAGAAGAAAGAGGAGAAGACCGAGAAUGGUCAGGCAGCUGAAUCUGCGGUGCCUUCCGUGGCAUCUUCAGAGGGAGAGAAGAAAGAGAAUGGAGGUGCCACUGAACCAGCAGCCCCGCUUGUGUCUGAGACAAAGGCAGAUGCUCCUCCAGCUGAGGCAGAAAAGGGGGCCGAGAAUUCAGGCCAGGUGAACACUGCCCCCCAAGAACCGACGGCAGCGAACUGCGACAAGAAGGGGCAGAUCCAACCUGGUGCCUCUGCUGUGAGGUGCACAUAA